AGUUGUGUCCAAUCACAGCUGAACACAUGAGAGCCAGUAAGCGGAAUUCCUCAGAAGGGACAUCUACACUGAUCAUCACGGCACUGAUCAGCAGUGCCCUGAUGAUUAGUGUAGCCCCAUCAGUGUCACCAGUCAGUGCCCAUAAUUGCCACCUGUCAGUACCCAUCAAUGCCACAUACCAGUGCCCAUCACUGCACAUCAAUGCCACAUAUCAGUGCCCAUCAGAGCUGCCUUUCAGAGCCAACUAUCAGUGCCAGUCAGUGCUGCCUAUCAGU